AUGGUGCUAAAGCGAAGUCAGAUUCAGGUCAUUGGUCCAUCGCAGGCAGUAAGUGUGAUGGUGGGUGAUGACAUUAUUUUGCCAUGCCAUCUGAAACCGGCUUCAGAUGCUUCUGCUAUGACCUUUGAGUGGGCAAGACCUGACCUUAAACCCAGAUUUGUCCAUGUGUGGCAUGAAGGUCAAGACCUUCAUGUUAAUCAGCAUUCAUCUUUCAAAGGACGGACAUCAGUAGACAUUGCUAAACUAAAGCUUGGAGAUAUUUCACUGAAACUCUCCAAAGUAAAACACUCAGACAGAGGAAUAUACAGAUGUUACUUUCCAGAUUUGGAUAAAGAGACUACUGUCCAGCUUGUUGUUGGGAGUGUUUCCCAGGCAGUUGUAAGGUUAGCUGGGAUUGACCAAUCCAUAAGUGGAGUGGUGUUACAGUGUGAGUCUGCAGGCUGGUAUCCAGAGCCUGAGCUGCUGUGGUUGGACGGUGAGGGAAACCUCCUCUCUGCUGGACCUACAGAGACCCUCAGAGGUCCUGAUGACCUCUAUACUGUCAGCAGCAGAGUGACUGUGGAGAAGAGACACAGCAACAACAUCACCUGCAGAGUCCAACAGAGGAACACCAACCAGAGCAGAGAGACACACAUACAUGUUCCAGAAACCACUAUGACCCAACAACAAGAGAACUUGGAUCACACAGAUAAUCAAAAAAUGAAGGAUGACAUGACCAAACUUACCAAGGAUUUACAGAAGAAGAAGGGAGAGCUUAAAAACAUGGUGGGGACACUGAUGUUACACAAGAAAGAACUGAAAGAGGAAAAAGAUCAAUUUCAACUGCAAUUAAUGAAAAUGGAGGAAGUGGUGGAGACCGGCGACCUGUCCAAGGUGUACCCCACCUCCCGGCCUAUGACACUGAGAUAG